CAUGGCGCCUACCACGGGCCGCUGGGCCCCGGUCCUGUGGCGGGCCUGCAACUGGCUCAUGGCCGUGUUCUUCGCGCUGGCGGCUUUGGUGCAGGUCAAUGAUCCCGAUGCAGAACUGUGGAUGGUGGUGUACAUGAUACCUGCGCUGCUGAGCCUGCUUGUGGGACUUAAUCCUCUUGUCACGGGCAAUUUUAUUUGGAAGAGUGUCUCCGCAAUACACAUAUUCUUUUGUAUCGCGUGGGCUGUCGGCUUGGCGGGCCACCUCUGGCUUCACUCCCAACAGAGCAUCUUGCAUGAGGAAGAAGGCAGGGAGCUGUUUGGUCUGCUGAUUAUCACAGUAUGGAUGGGCCUAUGUCACAGUUCAUCAAAGAAUCCGGUUGGUGGAAGAAUUCAGUUAGCUACUGCCAUGGUAAUCGCUCUCCUCCCAUUCAUCUCUUGGAUCUACAUCUACAUAAACAAGGAGAUGAGGUCCUCCUGGCCAGUUCACUGCAAGACAGUAAUUUAAAUGAACUCAAGAAUUCUCCUCUUCAAAUGAGUAUUGUUAAUCAAUUGUUUAUAGACAUGGUUGUAAAGGGCCAAUUUCCUAGGAGUUUAUUUCAGGUAAUUUGAGUGAAUAUUAGAAGGGAUUAAAAAAAAAUUCCCAAGAACUUUUCAAGGAUGCCUGCGACACAGCACGGGGAUUGCGUGGGACUGGGAAGAGGUGGGGUCUGACAUUCAGUUGUGUCAGUGUAGCAGAAAAGGCAGAACAAAGUUUCAGAAAUAAAAAUUCUAACUCAGCUUAUCACUAUCUAAAUGACUUGGGCAAAUAUGGGAACCUCCUGGUGGAUGUCUUUGUCUGUAAGAAAGGAUUAAUGCCAGAUCUCCUACUCACUUGUGCAGUUGCAAGGAUUAAACUG